GGAAAUGUUAAUGAUUAUUGGUGACACGUAAAUACCACCUUACGAGUUGGUUUAGUGGUAAUCUACAAUUAUGAGAUUUAAGAAAGUAAAAAGAGUGUACACUCACAAAGAAUUGAGAGCCGUUGGUAUCCUUUCCUCUGUUAGCCAUUGACAAAAGACCUGGUCUAUCGUGGACGAUUUCAAAGUUCUCAUCGUCAAACUUAUCGCCGUAGAUUGAGUAACCACCGGUACCGUCACCUCUCUGGAAAUCUCCUGAUUGAAUCAUGAAGUCUUUAAUAACUCUAUGGAAGUGAACGCCUUCAUAACCGUAUCCCUUAUCACCAAUGGAGAGGUGUUUAAAGUUCGCAGCUGUUUUUGGUGUAGUUGUACCAUACAACCCAAAAACGAUUCUACCAAGUGAUUCUGGACCUUGCUUUAUAUCAAAAUAAACCUUGUCAGUAAUAUCUCUAGCGAAUGCUAAAGCAAGUAAAGCAAAAAUUGUUAAAAUAAUAGACUUCAUUUUCAGCUUAAUCGUUCAAGUGAUAGACAAUCAUUCUUCUUUCCACUUAACGUUGAUAUAAAGAAAUAAAAAAUGUCAUUUGAUCCACCAGAUAGACCAGUUUCACAACUUGCUAGUCUUGUACCAAAUCAAUCAAUUACUCACUUCGAUACCUUCAAGCUAGAGUCCGGUAUUGAAUUGAAAAACGUACCGGUAGCAUACAAAACAUGGGGAAAGCUUAAUGAUAAAAAAGAUAAUGUUAUGGUUAUUUGUCACGCUCUAUCUGGUAGUGCAGACGUAGAAGAUUGGUGGGGACCUUUGAUGGGUGCUGGAAAAGCAUUCGAUCCAAGUCGUUACUUUAUAUACUGCGGAAAUGUUAUUGGAAGUCCUUAUGGUACAGUUUCACCAGUUACUGCUAAUCCUGAUACCGGUGAUUUAUAUGGACCAGAGUUUCCUUUAAGUACGAUACGUGACGAUGUUAGACUUCAUAAGCGAGUCUUAGAUGGUAUGGGUGUUCAAGCGAUAAGUUCUGUUAUUGGUGGCUCUAUGGGUGGCAUGCAAACGCUUGAAUGGGGAAUGACAUUCGGCUAUCCAUAUAUCAGAUCAAUUAUACCAAUUGCAACCUCAGUUAGACAUAGCGCUUGGUGUAUUAGUUGGGGAGAAGCUCAAAGACAAUCAAUUUAUUCAGAUCCUGCUUAUUUUGAUGGCUUUUAUUAUGAACAUCCCGACGAGAAAGAGAGGGCGGGUCCCAUUUCAGGUUUAGGUGCAGCAAGGAUGGCUGCAAUGCUUACUUAUAGAUCAAGAGAUAGCUUUGAAGCUAGAUUUGGUAGAAAACCCCAACUUGGACAAACUGGGAAGAAAAUUUCAUCACCAUUUAAUGAUGAAACACAAUCGAAUGGAUCUAAUUCAACUUCUAGACCUUCUAGUCCAGCUGAAGAAGCAAGAGAUGCACAUAAUGACGGUAAUCUCAGAUCACGUAGUAGUUCAUCAAUACCUAGACCAAAAAAUUUAUUCACGGCUCAAUCAUAUUUACGCUAUCAAGGUGAUAAAUUUACCUCCAGAUUCGAUGCAAACUGUUACAUUCAUCUAACUAGAAAGAUGGACACACAUGACAUUGCAGCAGAGUUUGAUACGAACGAACCAGGGGUUAAAGUUAGAUCUAAUGGCUUAAGUAUAGACGAGGCAUUGAAGCUACUCCCGUCAAAUUUACUGGUAAUUGGUAUUGAAUCUGAUGGUUUGUUUACACCAUUUGAACAACAUCAAAUUGGCUCGGCACCAAGUGCAGAAUUAGUUAUGAUACCUUCACCAGAUGGGCAUGAUGGAUUUUUGUUAGAAUUUGAAGCAAUUAAUGAGUAUGUAACCAAGUUUUUGCAAAAUAAGUUACCGGAAAUUUAUUCAUCGGCACCAUUACUUGAUUUAGAUGAGAUCAAGUCAUUUGAUACACAAAAAACUAGUGUCUUCGGUGAAGCCGAAGCUAAUGACAUAACAGCUUGGUGAAAUAUGCAUACAUAUAUUUAUAUGAUACUUUCAUGUUCAAAUUGAAAUUUUAGAAGGAGCAUGUAUUGAUUUUACAUUGAAAUAAACUCAUUUCGUUAACAAAAUAUUUCCGUUAUUGUAUCAAGAAUUUACCCGGGUGCCGUGCCGUUAAGGGAGCAAAUGUAGUGAGACCUUGUAUAAUGACGUUAACUUAAUAGAACUGAACGUGGAAAGUACAUGAAUAAAAUGCUACCUUCUAAUUGGCUACUGUAAUAGAAUUUUGU